CGAGUUGGAUGGCAGGAGCGCUGUCAUUUCUAAGCUGAAGAGAGGUUCACGUUCCCUUAGCAGGCCUCAUUGUUAUCCCAUUGUUUAUUCUAAUCGCUUCUCUUCCACCUUAAACAGUAGCCGCUUUCCGUGCUCGACAUGUACCGGUAUUUUGGAGAGCUUGUGAGCCGCGGAGCGAGCAGCGCGCUGGCAGCGGGCUGUGUAGAGGCAGCGAUGCCGGCUUCAGCGUCUGUAAUGCGGCUACGACACUACAGCGAUGCCGCGGACAAAGAGGACGACCCAAACUUCUUCAGAAUGGUGGAAGGCUUUUUUGACCGCGGCGCCGCCAUCGUAGAGAACAAGCUGGUGGAGGACCUGAAGACGAGAGAGACACCCGAGCAGAAGAGACACCGAGUUCGGGGGAUCCUGAAGAUCAUUAAGCCGUGUAACCACGUCCUCAGCGUGUCGUUCCCCAUCAAGAGGGACAACGGGGAGUGGGAGGUGAUCGAGGGAUACCGGGCACAGCACAGCCAGCACAGAACUCCCUGCAAAGGAGGUAUCCGCUACAGCAUGGAUGUGUCUGUGGACGAAGUCAAAGCCUUGGCCUCACUGAUGACCUAUAAAUGUGCUGUUGUGGAUGUGCCGUUUGGAGGUGCUAAAGCUGGAGUCAAAAUCAACCCCAGAAAUUUCUCUGACAACGAGUUGGAGAAAAUCACAAGAAGAUUUACCAUUGAGCUUGCCAAAAAGGGAUUCAUUGGACCUGGUAUCGAUGUCCCUGCCCCUGACAUGAGCACCGGUGAGCGUGAGAUGUCCUGGAUCGCCGAUACAUAUGCUAACACUAUUGCUCACACUGACAUUAACGCUCAUGCCUGCGUAACGGGAAAGCCCAUCAGCCAGGGAGGAAUUCACGGCAGAGUGUCAGCCACGGGACGUGGGGUUUUCCACGGCAUCGAGAACUUCAUCAACGAGGCAUCUUACAUGAGCAAGGUCGGACUCACACCAGGAUUCGCCGAUAAGACCUUCAUCAUCCAGGGUUUCGGAAACGUCGGCUUGCACUCAAUGCGUUACCUCCAUCGUUACGGUGCUAAAUGUGUGGGUAUCGCAGAGAUUGAUGGAAACAUCUGGAAUCCCAAUGGCAUGGACCCCAAAGAGCUGGAGGACUACAAACUGCAACAUGGCACUAUUGUGGGCUUCCCUGGCGCUCAGCCCUAUGACGGCAACAUCCUGGAGGCAGACUGCGACAUCCUCAUCCCUGCUGCCGGAGAGAAGCAGCUGACCAGGAAGAACGCUCCCAACAUCAAAGCCAAGAUCAUCGCAGAGGGAGCUAACGGCCCCACCACACCUGACGCUGACAAGAUCUUCUUGGAGAGGAACAUCAUGGUUAUCCCGGACAUGUACCUGAACGCCGGCGGUGUGACCGUCUCCUACUUCGAGUGGCUGAAGAACCUGAACCAUGUCAGUUACGGUCGUCUGACCUUCAAGUACGAGAGAGACUCCAACUACCACCUGCUGAUGUCUGUGCAGGAAAGUCUUGAGAGGAAGUUUGGAAAGCAAGGUGGCCCCAUCCCUGUGGUUCCCACUGCAGAAUUCCAGGCUCGAGUAGCAGGUGCCUCUGAGAAGGACAUUGUGCACUCUGGUCUCGCUUACACAAUGGAGAGAUCUGCAAGGCAAAUCAUGCGUACGGCCAGCAAGUACAACCUGGGCUUGGAUCUCAGGACAGCAGCUUAUGUCAAUGCCAUUGAGAAGGUCUUCAAGGUGUACAACGAGGCUGGCCUGACCUUCACAUAAAUCCUCUACAAAUCUCCCAAUCUAUGCCAGUUUAUUCAUUCUUUGUAUACCGGCCUUAGUCUAACCCUGUGCCCCGUUACACCACAGCCAUUUUACAACGACACCUACGGAAUCUCUACAUUUAUAUAAUUAAGUUAAAUAUUAAAUUUGCCCACUCAUAUUUGCCAAGUUUUUUCCCCAUGUAGUUUGUUCAAAUGAAGAUGUAAUUGCUGUAUUCUCCUAUUCUGCAUGACAUGUAAACAAGCUGCUGGUUAUGUUAUGCUACAAUGUUUUUCAGUUCAAGUAUUUCGCAUUACUGUGUUAAUUUUGUACUAAAUUGUUGCUAACUGACGUCUGCAGUAUUGGCUCUGCUUUCACUGUUCAAAUGAGAUGUACCUACUUUUCAUCCUCCAGACAUCAAAACAUAUUUAGAUUCCUUUAUUCAUGUUGUUUGUUGACCCAAAGCUUGUGACCCUACAUUCUGAGUAUUGAAAGACAACACUGAAGAUGCCUUAGACCUUAGAGCAGGAGUUUUAUGCUCAGAGGAUUUCAGUCUUUAAACCCAUAGAUUCAUAAAUUACCUCACAUAGGAAGAAAAUUCAUCAGACACACUGGUUCUUGUUCAGGAGUUUGUGUCGAAGUGCUAAAUCUAAACUCUUCAAUUUACAAUGUCUGAAUAUUAAGUGUAUGUGUGUGUAUGUGCGCACAAGAGCGAGAGCGUGCAGCUCAGGGGAGGAAGAAAACCAUUCAGAAAAGCUCAUCUGUACCGUCAUGUGGAAAUUUCCUCUGGAAACAUUUGUAUUAUCUUUUUUGGUUGUUGAAAAUAAAGAAAUGCAACACGAUUGUUA